UGCCAGGUGGGAUCCGAACCCUGACGCCUCAGAUGUUGGCUCCGAGGCUCCCUCAGACCUCCCCGGGACAACCCAGUGUUCACAACAUGCAGCUCCUCCCGGGGAUGGUGCUUAUGCGCAGUGAGGGUGGACAGCUGCUGAUGAUUCCUCAGCAGGCUCUGGCCCAGAUGCAGGCCCAGGCACAAGGAAGCAUGGCACCUCGGACUGCUACACCCACAAGUGUGGCUCCUGGCCAGACUCCUGGAAACACCAUCAUCAACAGACAAGUGGCUACCAGCACCAUCAUCCGUCAGGGCUGUCCAGUGCCAACUACACUCCCUUUGACCACCACUCUUCACAGACCUCCUAUCCUUCAGAGCUCAGUUGGAGCUGCAGUACCAGGAAUGGCCCCCAGAACUGUCAGCCAAACAGCUGGGCCCACAGUUACCUCAAUAACACUGAGCAAGGUUUGUUGUCCUGUGCCAAAAAGAUCAGAUAGGACCGGAUCCACUGUGAGAGAGCUGGUGAAGGAGCUGCUGGAGGGCAAACUGGAAGCUGAGGAAUUCACCAGCAGAUUGUACAAAGAGCUCAGCUCCUCACCCCAACCGUACCUUGUGCCUUUCCUCAAGAGAACCCUCCCAGCCUUGAGACAGCUCACCCCAGACUCAGCAGCCUUCAUCCAACAGAGUCAGCACCCACAGCCGGCCUCGGGUCCAGUCUCCUCCACCUCACCCAUCCCCACCACAGUUGUGCUGAGCAGCCCAGGCACAUCCCUCACCGUUCCAGUCAGCAGGCCCCAGCUCCAGCCAGGCAUCAACAAGCCAGGACAGACCCACUCACUGGUUCUCCAGCCUCAGCAGCAGAGAGCAGUGUUGAGACCUCAGGUAACCUUACCGACAACCCCCACAGUGACUCUCAGGAAUCAGGCGCCUGGCUGCAUCAUGCUUGGACACCAACAGGUCCAGCUUAAAGAGCUGCAGCAAGUUACCAUGAGGCUGGAGGUGCCACCUGUUUCUAAACAAGUCUCUGCUGCAGCCCUGACCCUGGCUCAAAAAAACAAGCUAAAAGAGGCAGGCGACACUUUUAAGGAUGAUGAUGACAUCAAUGACGUGGCCUCCAUGGCUGGAGUAAACCUAUCAGAGGAAAGCGCCAAUAUCUUAGCAACCAAUUCUGGACUGGUGGGAGCAGUGACACAUUCCUGUAAAGACGAGGCUUUUCUCUCCUGCAGCAUUCUGCAGAGCAGAAUGCUGGAGAUAGGUAGGAGAUGCGGUGUAACAGACCUGGGUGCCGAGGUGGUGAACUAUGUCUCUCAUGCUGCUCAGCAGCGACUUCAGAACCUGCUUGAAAAAGCUUCACAAGUGGCCCAGAAGAAAAAUGUCAAUUUCAAGGAGGGUGACAACUAUGAGCAGAGCAGUGAUGUUCGUACUCAGCUCAAGUUCUUUGAGCAGCUGGACCAGUUGGAGAAACAGCGGAAGGAGGAACAGGAGAGAGAGAUCCUCCUGAAGGCAGCAAAGUCUCGAGCUCGGCAAGAGGACCCAGAGCAGCUGCGUCUGAAACAGAAGGCCAAAGAGAUGCAACAGCAGGAACUGGCUCAGAUGAGACAGAGGGAGGCCAACCUGACUGCUCUCGCAGCUAUCGGCCCCAGGAAGAAGAGGAAGGUUCUGGACUCUCCAUCCUCCUCUUCUGCAGCUGAGGGAUCAGGAGCAAGUCCCUCUCUUUCUGGUGGGGCUGGUUCAUCAGGCUCCAGACCCACACGGCAGCGCAUCACACGCGUCAAUCUCAGGGACCUGCUCUUCUGUUUGGAGAAUGAGAGAUUUACCAGUCGUUCCCAUUUCCUCUACAAGGGCUUUCUCAAAUAGGUAUGAUGUCAGAGGAGGAAAGGUGAGCAGGAGGAAAUGAAGUGUGUAGAGAGAACAACCGCUUCCACUGUAGAGAGAGGGUUAAGGCUCUUACAAAUAAAGAGGAGGAAAGCAGUGCCUUGGCACAUUUAAAAAAUUUUUCAAAUAUACCUGACAACCUGAAAUAUACAGUAGUAGCAGCCAUUGGAUGGCCUCUCUACCUCCCUCCUCAAAUGAUGCCUAUUUUCCUUCAGAGCAGUCAAACUUAUGCCUCUUUAUUUAGCCUGUACAACUUUCUUUUCAGGAAAGUGAAAAGGCCUGUUUUAUGAGGAAGAGUUUUUGUAUGAACAAUGAGUAAUAGUACAGUUAUGCACUGUAACACAGUACAGUUUUUUUUAUUAUUAUUCGUAUGUGCAUCAGGCUUUGUAUGUUUUAUUAGGCCACCAACUAAUUUUAUUCAAUAAUCAUUUUAGGUUUUUUGUUUUGUUUUUUUUUUUGCCUUUUUUUUUUUUUUAACCUAAAUUAGGUUGAACUUCAAACUGUGUCCUACUGAGUUGCCUUCCUAACUAAAUAU